UAUUUUCCAAAGUGUUAUUUCUUCUCGCGUACGGAGCAAAACAAAAUGUGGAGAAGAGUGGUGACGUCAUCAGCAGCCUCAUGGCGGCGACCAUCAAAAUCGACGGCGAGUACUCUUACCCGGAGAUUUCUUUCCUCCACGGCGCCAUCGUCUCAGUCACCAUCGAAGACGCCGCCGUUUCACACUAUCUCCUCACAGUCUUCUCCCAGUGCCGCCUCCGCCUCAGGUAUGGAAUUGAAGAAGAAGUUUGAAGAGAUGAUACCCGCUGCUACUGGCCAUGAGCGUGAAGAACUUGAAGCUGAGCUCCAGGGGAAGAGGGUUCUGGAAAUCAAUUAUCCCGUUGGUCCUUUUGGUACCAAGGAAGAACCUGCUAUAGUUAAAUCUAUCUAUGACAAAAGGAUAGUUGGAUGUCCUGGUGGUGAGGGAGAAGACGAGCAUGAUGUUGUAUGGUUUUGGCUAGAGAAAGGCAAGCCUCACGAAUGCCCCGUCUGUACCCAGUAUUUCAAGCUGGAAGUGGUAGGUCCUGGAGGUCCCCCACAUGGCCAUGAAGAUGAUCAUCAUCACUGAGCUUGCCUGCAAUUUAUAGCCGGAAUAAAUUUGAUCAAGUGAUUAUGAGAAAAUUGACAAUAUUUUGUAGCCACAUCAAUCUUUCUGUCCUUACAUACUUUGGCUUCUUGAGAUUAUCAUGUUCAGUAGCCUUUUUGUCAUUGAUAAAUGGGAUUUUUUUUUUCUUGGUUUCCUGGUGCCUGGUUGGGCAUUGGAUUACUGGAAACUUCACGGUUUAGACAUCAUGCUAUCAAAUAAUUGAUUGAUGACUGCAUUGAUUGUUUGUUAAAUAUCUUUACAGUCAACAUUCUUUUCU